UGUGAGGCUGCUCCGUUCAUGGUUGACACUAUUAAAAAGGAAUUGGCAAGGAGUUCUUCUACCACACUUUCAGAACCAGCUACUGACUCAACAAAUUCUUCUGAAGAGGAAAAUUCAUUGGGCGCUAGCACAAGUAACGAGCGAUCAGAGUCUGGCUCCCAAUCGGAAAAUGCACGUAUACGCAUGAUAAGCCGUCAACAAUUGCAAGCAGCACUAGCACGGAUUGGUGUCGGUUCGGUAAAUUCCCUUUCCAACAUUGCCCAAAGGAAUAGUGAUGCUAAUAGUACAUCAGGCACGGCAGCAACACCAGACGCGACUGCUGCCACAUCUGCACCGCUGUCAAACUCAGCUAGUGGUGAACGGAUUUCGUCAGCUAUGUUUCGUACAGAAUUGCAGCGUGCAUUAGAAUCGUUGAGUCAACGUAGCAACCAAGUGGGCGGUUCCGGCGUUAGCAAUACUAGCCAAAACGCGGAAACACAUCAAAUGGAUACAACAGAAUCAACAACCGCAGAUAAUGGCGCCGGCGAUGAAAGUGACGAUCUGCCAUCACAGUACCGCACACAUCAAUACGCCAACGAACUGCGCACUAUGGCACAAAUGGGAUUGGUCAAUUAUGAGGACAAUUUAGUCUAUUUGACCAUAGCAAGUGGAAAUAUAGAUGUUGCUGUGAAUCUCCUAAUGGGAGCAAUGAAUUAAUAGCAGAUACCAAGAUGAGAUCAAAGUGCGUAAUAUAAAAAUUAUUAAGAGAACUUCUAAAAGUCGGCAGCAUCACAAGACGGACGAAAUAAGCAAUGCCAUUUCAAAUUCUUUAGGAAUUGUGUUGUUCAUAUCUGUUGCACAUUUGCAUGAUAUAUUAUGAUCUAAGUUAACUAAAAAAUAUACAUACGAACAUACAAUACGUAUGUAUCACUAUUUUCUUGAUUUAUAUUUAUUUGUAGGAAUUCUCAAUUACAUUUGCAAUUUUUGUAGCGUUAAUAAAUGAACUUUUAAUUUUUACAUGUGUUACCGUCUUCUGUAAAAAUACAA